GUGCCAGGAUGCAGGGUCCUUCUCUCUCUCAGCUGGUCCUGGUGCUGGCAGCAAUGGGGGCCCUGCUGGAGGCUGGGACCCCCAGAGAAGAGGUCUCCAGCACCCCAGCUUUGCCCAGGGAGCCAGCCACAGGCACCGAGGGGCUCAUCUUCCACUGGGACUGGAACUGGCCGCCCCCUGGUGCCUGGCCCCUGGGUGGCCCUCAGGACCCCCUGUGCCUAGUGACCCUGAAUGGAGACCCUGGCAAUGGGAGCAGUCCUUUUCUGUGGGUGGUGGGGACUCUAAGCAGCUAUGAGCAGGCCUUCCUGGAGGCUGUGCGGCAUGCCCGCUGGGGUCCCCAAGACCUGGCCAACUUUGGGCUCUGCCCUCCCAGCCUCAGGCAGGCUGCCCUGCCCCUUUUGCAGCAGCUGCAGGCAUGGCUGGGGGAGCCCAGGGGGCAGCGACUGGUGGUCCUGCACCUGGAGGAAGUGUCGUGGGAGCCAACACCCUUGCUGAAGUUCCAGGAGCCCCUACCUGGAGAAGCCAGCCCCCUGGAGCUGGCGCUGUUGGUGUUGUAUCCAGGGCCCGGCCCAGAGGUCACUGUCACCGGGGCUGGGCUGCCCGGCGCCCAGGGAUGUUUAGGGCAGCAGGCAAGCAGGGCUGGUGUCCCAAGGCCCCAGCAAGCCUGGCUGAGUCCCCAUCUCCACAGAGCCUCUGCCCGACCAGGGACUCUGGCUUCCUGGCGUUGGCGGUCGACCACCCAGAGAGGGCCUGGCGUGGCUCUGGGCUUGCUCUGACCCUGCGACGCCGCGGAAAUGGUGCCUCCCUGAGCACCGCCCAGCUGCAGGCGCUGCUGUUUGGCGCCGACUCUCGCUGCUUCACACGGAUGACCCCGGCCCUGCUCCUGUUGCCGCCGCAGGGGCCGGUGCCGAUGCCCGCACACGGCCGGGUGGACUCAAUGCCAUUCCCGCAGCCCAGGCUGUCCCCAGAGCCCGAGGAGCCUCUGCCCAGCACCGACCCCUUCCUGGAAACGCUCACGCGCCUUGUGCGUGCGCUGCGGGGACCCCCAGCCAGAAUCCCGCCGCCGAGUCUGGCCCUGGACCCGGGCGCGCUGGCCGGGUUCCCGCAGGGCCAGGUCAACUUGUCGGACCCUGCGGCGCUGGAGCGCCUGCUCGACGGCGAGGAGCCACUGCUGCUGCUGCUGCCGCCGCCCACCGCGGCCACCGCUGGCGUCCCCGCGCCGCUGCAGGGUCCGGUAACCGCGAUGUGGGCCUCAAGCCUAGCGCGCCGAGUGGCCACCGAACUUCAGUCGGCAGCAGCCGAGCUGCGCGGCCUCCCCGGGCUGCCGCCCACCGCCACCCCGUUGCUGGCACGCCUAUUGGCACUGUGCCCAGGGGACAGAGGGGACCCCGGCGGCCCGCUGCGCGCAGUGUUGCUGCUCAAGGCGCUUCAGGGCCUGCGCACCGAGUGGCGCUGGAGGGAACGGAGCGGGCCGGCACGGGCGCAGCGCAGCGCUGGGACCGCGGUCUCCAAUGGGCCCUGUGCGCUGCGCGAACUUAGCGUGGACCUGCGCGCCGAGCGCUCGGUGCUCAUCCCCGAGACAUAUCAAGCCAACAACUGCCAAGGCACCUGCGGCUGGCCGCAAUCGGACCGCAACCCGCGGUAUGGCAACCACGUGGUGCUUCUGCUUAAGAUGCAGGCCCGCGGCGCCGCCCUGGCCCGCCCGCCCUGCUGCGUGCCCACAGCCUACGCAGGCAAGCUCCUCAUCAGCCUGUCUGAGGAGCGCAUCAGUGCCCACCACGUGCCCAACAUGGUGGCCACCGAGUGCGGCUGCCGGUGACCCCGCGCCAUGCCCCGAGUGGCUCCCCGGCCCAUAUUUAUUCAAACCCGAUCGCCCCAAUAAAGACCAGAAAGCACGUG